AUGGCGUCGAAGACGGAGCGGAGUAUUUUUGUUGAUCCAAAUGUCGUUCAUACAUCAAUCCCUGAUGCGAUCUUGGAGGAUCUAUGCAGCCGUUUCUUGAUCAAUUUGCCAGAAGAAGAGCAAAAAGAUAUGGUCAGAGUUUUCUUUCAAAUUGAACAAGCUCAUUGGUAUUACAUUGAUUUUUAUUGCCAAGAACAACUCCUGCCCACGUAUGGAUUGAAGGAAUUCACUAAAAUUAUCUUCGAAAAGUUUCCAUUUCUCAACAAAGCUGGAGAAAGUAUUGAUAAACUCAUGAGUAUUUGGAAAAGAUACAAAUUCAGUGUUCCUGUCUAUGGGGCUAUUCUGUUGAAUGCAGAGAUGGAUAAGUGUGUUCUUGUCCAAGCUUACACAAGUAAAUCGAGCUGGGGUUUCCCUCGAGGGAAACUAAACAAGGAUGAGAGUCCACUGGAAUGUUCAAUCAGAGAGGUUUUAGAAGAAACUGGUUUCAAUAUUAAAGACUAUGCUGACCCAGAGCAGUUUUUGGAGAACUCCCUUCAUGAUCAUUUAGUGCGGUUGUAUAUUAUUCCAAAUGUUCCCAUUGAAACCGAGUUUAAAACGAGGACACGAGGGGAGAUAAAGGACAUUCAGUGGUUCAGUGUUUACGAUUUGCCGCUUCACAAGAAGGAUUCUCGAAUGAAGGAAAAAAUCGGUCUUGCUGCGAACAAUUUCUUUAUGGUAUUACCUUUUGUGAAGGAUUUAAAAAAAUGGAUUACCGAAAAGCGAAGUUUGGCCGCACAAAAGCAACAAGCACUUUAUUCUCAGCCGCAAAACCAGUUGCAACGAAUGCUCCAGUCCGAGAACGCACGCUUGAGCAAGGAACACGAACAAGUCGAGAACGAAAAACGCAAACGCGAAGCCCAUAGACGUUUCUUAAAUCAAAUGGACUUUUAUCAUCCGCUCAGAAUGCAGGAGUAUCAGAAAACGACAAAAACCGUUUCCGGAAGCCCAGGCCGUAAACAGCCAAAACAACCCUCGGAACACGACCAGAAAAACGCAAACAAAUCGUUUAAAAUCCUUCAGAGAACCGAAACAGACCCACGGUCAGAACCAGGCCGCAGGAACAGUCCCGUGAACGCUCGGUCGCCAUCUUUGAUGACGUCAUCUGGGAUUCAAGAAUCUCACCCGAGCUCCACGCGAAGCUUGUCGCCCUCGAGUAACUCCGCGUUCACGCGAGUUUCGCGAGCGAACGACACACGUCGUGCUAAACCGAAAAAUAAACCAGUGAAAAGCAUCAUUUCCCCGAUGGACAUUUUAACUUUCACUGCUCCGGCAUGGGCGAACUUCAGGUUUGAUAAAAGCAAAGUUUUAGAGGCGUUUAGGACGUAAUUUUUUUUUCUCUAUACGACAUUCGACCGCAAGUUUUUAAGGAAGGGCUGAAUUUUUAUCGUAAAUUUGUAAUAUAAAUUUUAAAGUUGGGUCUAGGUGAUUAUUUUAUCGAUAAAACUACUUAUUUUGCAGUAAUUUUAGAUUUAUUAACUUGCUAAACAAUUAAUCGUCGAACUAAAUAACUUCCUAGUAUAAAAAUGUUUAAUAUUGGGAAACCUUGAAAUC